GUGAGCGGAGGUGCGAAACCGCAAGAUACAAAUCUACCAUGAGCGACGACGAAGGGGCACCGCGCCUCCAGGCGUUCUGCAGCCGCUUUGGCAUCGAGGUCGAAGACGACGACGACGACGUCGAGGAGCUCGACCUCUCGGAGAAAGAGCUCUCGGAGCUGCCGCCCGACCUCUUUGAGAUUGAAGCGUUCUGCGACGCGCUCAAGACGCUGUGCCUCGAGCGCAACCAGCUGCGCACGCUGCCGGACGCGCUCGGCAACCUCCGCGCCGUCACGGAGCUCUACCUCCGCGAGAACCAACUGACGUCGCUGCCGUCCUCGAUCGGCGACCUCAAAGAACUCGACUCGCUGUAUCUCGAAGACAACCAGCUCACGGUGGAGGGCAUUCCGGACGCCAUGCGCACGCUCUCGCAGCUCAAGGGCCUCUGCUUGCACCGCAAUCGCCUGACGGCGGUGCCGCUCUCGCUGCUCGCACUCACGUCCUUGGAAGAGCUCUACCUGGACAACAACCAGAUUGAGAGCCUCCCGGACGAGAUCGGCCAGCUCGUGCAUCUCCGCGAGCUCGAUAUGCCGGGCAAUCGACUUACGAGCCUGCCGAAAUCGUUUGUCCAGCUCACAAAGCUCGAGAUUUUGCACAUGGAAGGCAACUGCCUCGAGACGCUGCCGAAAGGACUCGGCGGUCUCGUCUCGCUGCGCAAGAUCUACUUGCAGGACAAUGCGAUCACGAAGCUCCACGCGUCCCUCGGCCGCUGCACCAAGAUGGAGGUCAUCAACAUAGAAAACAACAAACUCACCAAAGUCGCCAAGCGCAUUGGCGACCUGCCCAAGCUCAAGCACCUCUUGCUCGCGAGCAACAACAUUGAGACGCUGCCGUUCAACCCUUACGAGAAGGCGCCCGGCCUCCGACGACUCACGCUCAGCGGCAACAAGCUCUCGCCCGACAUCCUCAAGCUCGAACACCACGUGCCGUCGGACGCGGCGAUUGCAGAAGGCGACGACGAGUGACA